UCCACCACAAGGCAUGCAGAAUCAAGCCUCUCCUAGCCAAUUGUUCGAAUCUGAGGCAAGCCAGCUUGCGGCUGAUGCGUACACUGAUGAAAUACUUGGCGAGGAUGAUGAUGAGGAGGAGGAGCCAAUUGACGCGGCGGCUGACGACAAUGAGCAGGUGGAGUACGCGUUGCAAGCUGCUGAAGCCAUUGAAGAAGGUGUUAGUAGGCAGCCAGCUGCUGCGACAGGAGACUCACCUGGUGUUGCUGCUGCUGCCACAGCCGCUCAUUUGAGCCAGCAGCAGCAUCCGGAGUCGCAAAGCGAAGUUAUUGACAAGGAGCCACAUCUGCACUUCCAGUGGCGCGCUUGUUUGGGUACAAUGGAGAAGAAUGCAAUAGCUUCAGCUGCUUGUUUUGCACGUAACAAGCCUAUGUACUCAGUCAACAAAGAGAAGGUGUGUGUAAGGGACACAACCAGAAGCGGAGGUGAACCCUCCUGCACCGAAGGGUCUCCACUAGGAGACCGAAGGGUGUCCAAAGAGACCCCGCUAAGCGAGGACACCCAUUCUCAGGAUCUGUCGGUAGAAUAG